AGCAAAUUGUGGGCAAGUUCACAACAUACACGCAGUGCAUUAAUUUGCCCGAUAUGUUUAAUGUCGCUUGGCUAUCUGGGACGCAUCAUAUUGGCGCACAAAGUUCACGUCCACCCCCGCCCCGUGAGAUAACAGAAGUUUGUCGUGUAGCUAAAAGCUCAAUACUUUUCCUUUUUUUAAAAUUUCUCGAUAUCGGUAAGUAAGAAAAUGAUUAAAAAUGAUAAUUAAUAUUUUACAUUUAUAACAAAAUCAUAAUAUAAAAAUAACAUAAAGUUAUUAAUAUUUUUUCGUGGUCACUUUUUAUUAAAUCAGAGAAUAUUUUAGGUUAAUCACAGUAUUAUGUCAAAAUCCAAUCAUUGAUUUGAAAUAAGGUGCAAAUAAAAGACUGAGGGUCGGUUGUUCCAACUUCUUGGUAAACUUACCUAUUAGAUAAAUAUAUGUUAGUCUUUAUUUAUUUAAGAAAAGAAAUGAAGAUAGACACAUGCUUGCCUGGUAGGUAAAUUUAUCAAGAAGUUGGAACAACCGGCCCUAAAUAAAGACAAACAUAUAAUAUUUACCUGAUAGGUAAAUUCACCAAGAAGUUGGAACAACCCUCUGAACCCAUUGCAUGAAGAUAACCGCAAAGCUACUGCACAUGCGCAUUAAGGGGAUGCUAAACUGCUACUCAAACUUGAUCGAGGUCGAUAAUGUAGAGUCAUUUAUGCACAUCAUUAACAAAAUUUUGUAUGUAUUUCUUUUAUAGAUUUGGAAAUCCUUUUCCAAAAUUAAAGUUUAUGUAUUAAUAUCAGCUUAUGAAUUGAAUUUCAUACCAUAAAUUUAAAAAAAUAUUCAGAUUGCUCUUUUUAGACAUGAAAUUUUCGUACUCUUUUUUAUUAGAACGCCUAUGCUCAACCUGAAAGCGUAUUGUUCCUAAAUGCUUCACUUAGGCCCAGGCUUGAUUUGUACGUACAAGGUCUAAAAUUUUUGCAUCAGACAUAUUUUGUUACGAGUCGACGCCAGAAGCCGACAAUUUUAAAAUUUUUUGUCGUUUUUCUUACAAAAUCGUUUCGGCCCGGGUUUGUUAUUAUCUAUACCACAGUAUAACUGUGUCUAUACUUUAAUUCUGGAGAAGGAUUUUUAAUUCUGUAAAUGCAAUUAAAAGAUUAGUGAGAAAUAAAAUUAUCGGUAAAACAAAACAACUAUCUUUUUUGUUCUUUUCUUACUUACUGAUAUCGAAAAAUUUUUAAAAUUAAUUAAAAAUAAACGGAAUAUGAGCGACGAUUUUCCUCCUCAAAAUCUCAUUUAGAGGCCAAAAUAAACAAAAUAUAAAAGUUACAAGAAAAAAAGAGAUGUUGCCGUUAUAAUACAUAUUUACCCCGACGGGAUUAGCGUGAUCCACGUACUCGCUUGUUCAUGAUUUGAUUCAGAAGUUCAGGUUCAGGACACCACAGGACACGUCGACACCGCUCAGCACGUCGACGUUACGACGUUACGUGAGAGACAUGUGCAUCGUCGAUCUGUGAAACAGCUGCCAUCGCAACUCUCCCGUCGGGACCAAGAUGCCAGAACGAAUCGAAAUCGGUGUUAUUCCAAGUAAUUUGAGACAUGAGGAGACUAUAGUUCAAAUAGCUGAAGCUCUAGACAAUCUAGGUGAUGCUGUCUCAUAUAUUUUUGACUGCAUUGAUAGGAGGCUUUUAGAAAACACACAAAGAUUAACCAGCAUCAAAGAGAGAGCUAGGAAGCUGGAGGACAGGUUACACUAUUUACAGACUAAUUUAAAUCUGAAAGCAGUGAAAAUGUAUUCUGCCGCUAAAUAUCCAGCUAAUCACACUUACAAGGAGUAUCAAAUGACAAUACCACCACAGCGCGAGCGUACUACUGCUAUACCGAGCAUUUACAAGUGUUCCGUGCCUAUAAAGGAUAUUCCUGAAGCAUAUUUAUCUUCUAAUUGCAAGACAGAAGAUGGCCAGUAUGCUGCGAAUAUCAGUCUCCAAGAAAAGCUUCAAUUUUAUCACGUACGAUCAAAGGCUAGCAAAAAAGAUAACCUUGAGGACUAUGUGGAGCCAUUCCCACCACAAUUAUCCUCAGUUAGCGCCCUUCUACUGUUCGACAGCAUGGAUAGUCCAUAUGAAAAAACGCCUAUACGAUCGUCGCAUCAAUUUGCCGACAAGCAACAAAUUGAGGACGCCCCGGAUUCGAUUGUACAGCCGUGGCUUUCGUCAGAAAUGGACGCGUCUUCCAGCUAUUUGUAUACCCCGACCCUUGGAGAGGUGCCUCAAAUAAAUGUACCGCUAACACUCCCAGAUCUACCAGGCAUUGUAGACGAUGAAAAAUUUGUACUCGAUCUUAACUCUCAGAGUCCUAUCGCACCGUCAUCUGCGGUCACGACGCCUACCGUUCGUUUAGAUCUACCGACGCCAAUCAGUGACGAGAGGGACUCUCAGUCGAAGGUCGAAGAAAGUGUCCCACACUUGCCUGUUCUAACUGGAACCACAUCCGCCAUGUCGUCACCUACGCCACCACCUCCACCACCUCCUAUGAUCGCCAUAAAUGCAAAUAGUGUCACGAACAACGAAAAAAUUAAUUUUCAACAAGUUACAUCUCCACCACCGCCUCCACCACCACCACCGCCGCCACCACCACCACCGCCACCAGUUGCGGAACCAACUAUGCCUGCAUCAAAUGACGAUUCAGAGAAAAGGAUCAAAACUGCUGCGAAUCGUUUACCUGCGACAACCACAAUGGAUGAUCGUUCCAAUUUAAUGGCGGCGAUACGAGACGCUGGCGGAAUAGGCAGAGCAAAAUUAAGGCCCACUGUAUCAGAUGAGAAGAAGGGUGAUCGAUGGUCCUCUGCUUCAGUCGGAGGAGAUUUGAUGGCAGAUCUGCACGCGAAACUGGCACUGAGACGCAAAGGUAUCGCUGGUUCCACGGUAGGCGCUUUAGAGAGAAUGUCAAGCUUAAUACCACCACCUCCAAAACCAAAUGAAGCGUCCACGUCGGAUAGAAAUUCUGCCACCAGUGAAUACGACUCUCAACCCGAUACGGACGAUUGGGAAGAGUGAUUACUGCUAUUACGAUAAUUAGUAAAGCGAUGUGCCAUUGAACAACUAUUGUGUAACAAACAAGGAAAUAUGACAAAUGGCUUAAACUAAUCAUCCGCGCAUAAAGACUCAGGGGAAUUUUUUAUUGGAUAAGUCCAAUGAAGUAGGAGAAUAGAAAAUCGCGUGAUACGCAGAUUUAAUUUAUUUUUUUAUUCAAUAGAUCUGAAAACUGUUAGAUUUUAAAUUCCACUUUUAUCCAAUGUCUACUAUUAAUAUCUUUUUGCAAGAGAAUAAUUUGUACGAAAUCUGAAUAUUAAACAUAUAAUUUUGUUAAUACAAUAGUUUGAGCAAAAUAAUGUUACUAUAUUUGCAGAUGAAUAAAUUACAAAACUUAAGAAUAUUAGGAGAAGUUAUUAUGAAAGAAUAAAUAACAGAAAUAGAAAAUUUUUAUUUUUUACAUACAUUUUUUCCCAGAAAAUUAAUUAUUUACUUACAUUUAUUUUGUUUCUUAUAUAUGUAUAUUGUGUAUGAUCUCUCUUGUACACGGAAAGUCUUGUACAUAAAGUAUAUUACAAAGCU